AUUAUUUAUUUACAUUCCUUACAUCCUACAAGGUACUUAAUUACUACUUUCAACUUACACACAUAAUGACAAUUGAUAAGAAGCCAGCUAUUUUUUACAUCCACGCCGCUUUAUUCGACUGUGAUGGUACUUUAGUCAACUCUACUGGUGCCAUCUCUGAAUUCUGGAGAGAAUUUGGUAAGACCAGACCACAUGUUAAUCCAGAAGAAAUUAUCAGAACUUCUCAUGGAUGUCGUACAUUCGAUGUUAUUGCUAAAUGGUCCCCCGAAGAUGCUAUACAGGAACAAGUUACUGAAUGGGAAGGUGCCAUUCCAGAUACUUUUGGUCAAUACGCUAAGCCAAUUCCAGGUGCUGUUGAAUUGGUCAAGUCAUUUGACCACUUUUCCAAGAAUCAUACUGACAAUGGUCAACAAAGAUGGGCCAUUGUUACUUCUGGUACUUUACCAUUAGCUUCUAAAUGGUUAAAAUUAUUAACUAUUGAAAAGCCAGAUGUUUUUAUCACCGCUGAAAAAGUCACAAAGGGUAAGCCUCAUCCUCAAGGUUACCAGGCUGCCAGAGAUACCUUAGGUUACGGACAUAACCACAAGAAGGUUGCUGUAUUUGAAGAUGCUCCUGCUGGUAUUUCUGCUGGUAAGGAUGCCGGUGCAAUGGUUGUUGGUAUAUGUUCCACUUACGACCCAGAAAAGGUUAGAAAAUCAGGUGCUAACAUUGUUGUUAAGGAUUUAUCAUCUUUUGUUAUUGAUUCUUACAACAGGGAAACUGAUGAAUUUAAGGUUAUUGUUCAUGACUAUUUUUUUGCUGAUGAACAAUACUUGCAAGAAGCUUAAGCUUGAUCUUUGAUAUUUAGGGUUAAUACGGUUAUCUAUUUCUUUCUCAUAGACUUUUUUAUAAAAUGUAUAAUAGAAUUUAUUUUGAUAG